GCUGGCAGCCGUGAAGAUGGCGGCGGGUUUGUGGCGCGGAUCAGGAGCUGGCAGCGGGCUGGCGAACUGCGACGUUCCUCCUCACUUUCAGCGCUAUGCUGGGCUGGUGGAUGAGUCGGAGGGGUUUCAGCUGUUGCUUAGGACGUUGGAGGGUCUACCGUUUAAAGCGAGUUUGUUGGAGGGAGUGGCGAAUGUCCAGUGCCAGCUGCGACUUACCCUCUUUGAUACCACAUAUUCCCAUUUUUUUGGCAGAACCUGGAAGAGUUCGCCACAGCCCAUAAUGCACACCCGUGGCCAGCCAACCAAAGUCUUCUUCAAUCAGGCUGUUUACUUUCACACCUCCCUAAACUGUAACCACAUUGCAAUCGUUGUGGAAAUAGUUGCAAUUGCGAAGAAGCGUGAAGAUAAUGAACAAGUCCUGUCGUGUGGGUUUGGAAUUCUGCACUUGUGCAGCACACAGAAAUUUACACCAGAUACUGCUAAAGGUCAAAAUAUUAAAAGAUUGAGUCUCUAUCAUGGUACUCCAAGAGCUUUGCUGCAUCCAAAGUUACAGGAUCCCAUUGAGAAAAAUAAGUUUAUGACAUUGAUUGAAGGAAGCACUCUUUUUUACUCAUUUUCAUCUCAUCCUCCGCUCAUGGAAGCUAGCCACCUCAUCCCAGAAAACAUGUUGGUCGCUGGGUCAGAAGUAGUUCCUGGGCUUGUUGCGCCUUCUAAACAGACAAGCAAUGUUUUGAAGAAACCCAGUUUAAUGAAGACUGUAACUUGCAACUUGGACAAGCUGUCCCUUCAACUUUACCCAACACUGGAGAAAUUUGAAGAGGAGCUGGUGGAAUUGCUUAAUGCAGACCGACUGCUCAAGAAUAAUCAGGUUUCUGACGGAAGCAUGGUUGUCAUUCAAGAGCGAAGGCUGCAUGUUUGUGUUCACAAUGGCUGGUGCUACGUUCACAAGCCGCAGGUAGUAGUUUUAAUACCUGGAACGGUGCAAGGAAAAUCCAGGACCCUCUCCAAAAGUUCCCAAAAAACGUCCCUGGUCCUCAGGAGCCGUAUCCAGCUGACAGAAAUGGUAAAACUGCCAACGUUUGCUAUAGUUUUCCACCUGGAAUAUGUGUUUUCCAACUCCACAGGAGCAGAUAGGAAGUUAUCCUCUUCUACCUCUUCAUUGGACAAUGCGGCAUACAUGCAAACAUUGCGUUGGGCUGCUUGGAAUCCAUUCUUGGGAUCUAAUGCUUCUGAUGUAACGAUAUCACUUCAUGGUGGACCUUCACCCAACCCAAGUAAUUUGCUGGUUUAUAAAACACCUUCCACUGACAUGAGCUCGGAAGAGGUAAAGCAGGUAGAAUCAGGCACCAUCAGCUUCCAUUUCUCAUGCCGUUUGGAUAAGCAUGCAGAUAGCAGUGCCGAGCUGAGUGUUCCUACAAAAUCAAGCCAAGCGCUUGGAUUGCAAACUUCUUCAUUCCGUAAAGUCAGUAUGGAUAGAGCUGAGAAAUUUUAAGGGUAGAAAGACCCUAAUGGGAGCAGCAUCGAUUAUACGCCGUUUGAUGCGCCAGAGUCCCAUGCUGCUGAACAGCUGCAUGAAUUGCCUGUCACCCCAAUGCAGGCACCAAUCCUAACCUUGAUAACUGACACAGGAGGCACUACCACUGUGAGUUCAAGAGCAGCUUUAGCGCAAUUGCAUGCUGUUGGCUUUCCCGAAAUCCUAGAUGAUAACAAUGAACUGGCAACUGUGAUUGACCCUGAUGAACUUUCAAACUUUAAUCUGCAGAAGGAAAAAGCAGACCAUCUUCAGAGCAAUGAGAUAAUUCUGCAAUUUCUGGCUUUCAGCAGAGAUCCUGAGGGCAGUAGUCAGCCUGGAUCAAUCUACUUCACCUUCCAGUUUUAUCGCUUUCCACCGGUAACGACACAGCAGCUGCAUCUUGUGAAGCCGCACAACUCACAAAAGAGAACCUUGAAGUCUACACCUUUCAUUCUUGUACCACUAAAGACAAAUGGUACUGGUAAUUUAGAUUCUCCAGGGCUGGAACUGAAAUUCUUGGUGGAGCCGGGUUGUAUGAAAGCAGGAGAACAGCGCUGGUUUAUGCAAUACCUGACCAUGCAGACGUUGCAGAUUGAUGUCUGGGAUGCAGAAUCAUUACUUCUGAUUGGCACAGCAGCUGUGGAACUGAAGUAUUUGUUACGUCAAGGUCGUACUGCAGUCCAAGUUUCUCAUGAGCUGCCAGUCAUAACGACGGAAUACACCCCAGAUGUACCAAUGACUUUAGCUGAUAUCACCAAGCAUGGCACCGUUAAGCCAUAUGGAAUGACAACUGUAACAAAAGGAAGACUACAUAUGCGCCUGGGAAAUGUUGGUCACCACCCUAAGCGGACAGCAAAGAUUCCGACGCUCGUUCCUGAGUCAAGAAUCAUCUCCUCACAGGACAGAUCCAGUGCGUUUUCUGGAGGGAGCCUGUCUUCAAUAAGUUCAAAGAAACUCAGUGCUCUUAACACAUAUAGAGCACAGCGAAUGGUAGACUUGGAUAGCGAGCUGGCUUCUGUCCUUUUCUCCAGAGCACGAAUUGACAGUUUUGGACAUCAAGAUCUGGAUAGUGAUGCGGAUAUUGUUCGGAAAAGGAAGCUGCAGAGGAUGAUGUCUGUUCGACAGCUGGAAUCCGGUGUCGAUCUUAAAUCAAAGACCCACAUUUUGACAAAACGCGAGGAACAAAUCCACCAUGAGAGAGACUUGCAGAUCAUCGAGGCCUACCGGGAGCGGAUUAAAUCAGAAAGUAUCAGCAGGAUGUUAUCCCAGGCCAUCACCACACAGUACACCUUGUAUGCUACACUUGGACAUGCUGAAUUUUUUGAGUUUUCUCUGAAAAAUCCCUACAGUGUUCAACACACAAUAACCAUUGAAUGUGAACAUCCAGAACUCAGUGUCAUUGUGAACAGCAGGGAAUGGAAGCACUUCAAGAACCUCACUAAAACGCUGACACCACUGGAAGAGGACAUGUUCCAUGUUGAAGGAGGAGUGCAGUUUCCUCAGAUCUACCUACGGCCAAAGGAGACUGUCUACAUCCCAUUUAAAUUCCAGACCUUCAGUGCUGAUCACUCCAUUGCUCCACAGGGGCCAGCAAAGGGGAAACUUGCAAAAAAGAACAUCAUUAAUCAACAGGAUCCUGACUCCUCAACCAAGAAAAUUGAAGUGAUUUUUAAAAUUGAAAAUCAGAAGCCGAUUGCCAUCCUUCAGGUGAAUGUUGAAGCUCAGCCCUAUGUUAUUGAUCAGACAUUUCGCUUUUAUCACUCUGAAAUGACAUUCCUGAAGAAAUCAAUCCGCCUACCUCCAUUGCAUGCUCUGUCAGGUCUGACAGUACAGUCACUGAAUGCCGAGCUUCAGAUCAACGUUCGCUGCAGUGAUUUCAACAUCAUUUGUGAGACAAGAAAAACGGCCCUCAAUGAGCCUCAGGAUGUCUUCCUGAAAGUGGCAUGUGGCCCCAGCCCAGAGGUUAAGAAGUUCUUUGUCAUUAUUUACAUGGACCCCUGGCUGGCAGUGCCCAUCCAGAUCUGGCAAUUCUACAUACACUCCCUGCAAAAGAUUGAUGUGAGCUGUGUGGUCGGGGAACUUACUCAACUCUCACUGGUUCUGCGUGGGACACAAACUGUCAGGAAAGUGGCUGCUUAUAGCUCAAGCCCUGAAGAGUUACAGCCUACACCAUCCGAUGUCUUCCUACUUCGACCACAUGAAGUCAAGGACCUGCACAUUAGUGUGCGUCCUCAGAAAGAAGGAGAUCGCUGUCUCUACCUGAAUGUAGUGGAUGUAGAUUUUCGCCAGUUGGUGGCAACAUGGUUGAUCUGCUUAAGUUGUAAGCAGCCCACCAUCUCGAAGGCUUUCGAGAUCUCUAUUCCUGUUGGGGAAAGGAGAGGUAGCACCAAACGCAUCAGCUACUCCAAUCCGUACCCAAACAAACGGAGGUUUUUCCUGCGGACCAACCGGCCGGAUUUACUCCAAUACAAAGAAGACUCUUUCGAGCUUGAAGGUGGUGAGACUUAUCAUAUCGGCCUGCGGUUUGCACCAGGCCAGAAUCCUGGCGUGGAAGAAAUCCUGAUUUUCAUUAACGACCAGGCUGAGAAGAAUGAAGCAACUUAUUGCGUGAAAAUCACUUACCAGUAAAAUGUAUACUGAGUGCAUGAUACACCAGCACCUUUGAAGUGAGUGCAUUUUGAAAGAGAUGUGGAUCCCAUACCGAGCCACUACAGGCUUGCUGGAAGAGAAGAAAGUGUUGAAACCUGGUGAAUGUAUGCCAGAGUGUUAAUAAAACAGCUCUUGGAUAAGACAUGACUGCUACUCAGGAAAAGAUGGAAGUUUCACUUUCAUCCCCUAUAUUUGUAAGUACUACCUCCCCAACUUGUGCUUUGGUUUAGAUAGGCUGAUUCGUAUUAUGUCAUGCACUGCGUUCUCAAUUAUUUUUCAAAAUAUUUCACUCCCAAGACCUUAAAAUAUUGCCAUCCCUUUGGCAAUGUUAGUGGUUGACAGUUUAGCAGUUCCAAAUGUUAUAGUUUUCUAAUUCUAUUCCUUUCGUCUCAUUGGCAAUCUACCACCCACAUCUUUCCACCAGCAUUAAAUGCAUUAUCAAUGUUUGUAUUACCUCAAGAUUCUCCUCCUGGCCCCAAGCUCCAUAUUAAACUAACCCCAAUUCAACACAAAUACAUUCAGAAUCUCUUGUCUUGCUGUCAGUCCUGUGACUCAUUAGCAGUCCUCAUCAACGUACAACGUACUCUUGGAUUCCAGCACAUAAUCCUUGAAAUCUUCGGCCUCAUUUACAAUCUCUCCCUGGCCUCACUUCACCUGAUCGGUACAGCUUGGUGUCUUCGCUUGGCAUCCAGUGCUUUUCAGCUGUGGACCCUUCUGUAACAUCUGUUGUGACAUUUGACAGUGGAGCCAGCUCCUGUAUCAGUGCAGUUCUGAGGUUCCAUCCCAAAAUCCCUUGCUUCACACCUUCCCUUGUUUUAAAACUUCCCUUCAGAAACAUGGUAUUGCUUAACUUUUCAGAUUAUUGUUUGUUCUUCACUCUGCAACAUGAAUCAUCUCAUCCCGUUUUAUCAUGUUAGAGCCAUAAAAGCAAGCUAUCAUCACCUGUCAAUGAUUUAGUUGUACAAAGAGCUGAAAAUUCUUGGCCGGAAAGACCCUAAUAACAACACUUCACUAUAGAGUCCUAGAGCUCUACUGCACAGAAAAAUGCCCUUCAGCAUUUCAAAUAUGUACUGGUCAAAAACAGGCACUUAACUAUUCUAAUCCCAUUUCCCAGCACCUGGCCCACAGUCUUGUGAACGUUGACAUUGCAAGUGCCUUUCUAAAUAGUUCUUAUGAGGGUUUCUGCCUCUACCACCCUUACAGGCAGUGAGUUCCAGAUUUCCACCACCCUCUGUGUGGGCGGUAAAAAUCCUUACAUCCGCUCUAAAUCUCCUGCCCUUUGUCUUAAAUCUAUGCUCCCAGUCAUUGAUCCCUGUACCAGGAGGGUAAUUUCAUUCCUGUAUCCUGCUCGAUGCCCCCUCUGUAAUGUUAUACUCCUCAAUUAUGUUCCUCUUCAGCCUUCUCUGCACCAAGAUAAACGACCUCACUCUGCAGCGUCUCUUCAUAACUAAAAACUCUUCAGCCCAGGCAACAUUCUGGUAAAUCUGCCCUUUGCUUUCCCAAAACACAAACGUACAAUUUUCCUGCUGGUGCUCUCAUCGCUCUGGCGGACAUUUUUCAUUUAAUUGGGAGCUGACCUUAUUCCCUCGUGUCAAAAUAAGGCACAUGUUCGUAGUAUAUUUUGAUAGUUUGUCUGGAUUCUAACGUCACAUAAAUCAGCAAUCAGUGUGUUAAUCUUCGUUUGUCUCAUUUGACUUCUUGAGAGUAACAACACAGGAAAGAAGUGUUAAGUGCAGCCGUUGAUGGGUGCAGCUUUAGCCAGUGUUGAUAGAGAAAAAGGGAAGCUUAUUUCAGACUGUAGAAAGCAGACCUCGGCCAGUCAAGGUUGCUGCUGAUAAAACAAGUCACUGAGAAGUCUGGAAUCCCCUAAUGGAGCAUUAUGUGUGGCCAUUGACCUGAUGUAUGAGGGCUACUGAUAGCUUCACUCUGCUCGGCUGGGGAGGUCUGUAGCCUUACACAAGCAUCCAGACUAACAGGCAAUGACUGCACUAACAGUUGACAUCCAGACCGACAGGUAUUAUCCAAACCUGCAGUCAGUUGAUCAGAUAUCUGUUUGGAAGCAUAUAAAGGCACAAUGUUAAUGACAUUUUAUUUCGUACUGAGCAAAGCAAUCAUGACCCCGAGCAUUUAUUUUUAACUUUUUGCCAGUCUGAGUUUUCUAGAAUGAAGAGUCAUCGCGUAGUAACACACUGCUACUAGAAGUACAGCAAAGGAAGCCCAGUGCAUUUACUGUUUGGAUAAGUUAAUCCUCUUGUAAUGAAUAAAUAGUACAAAAUAUAUUUUUAAAUAGAGAAUAUGCUGAUUCACCACAAACUGGGUGUGCACAGUUUUUUUCAGUAUUAUUUGUAUGCAGUAUUUAUUUUAUA